AUGAAAUAAAAAAAAUAGUAGUUAGGAGAAAUCAGUUUUAAUAAACAAUAUAAUGAAUCAUAAUUAAGAGAAAUUAUUCAAAAGUUACUAGCUAAAGAUGCCAAUUAUAGAGUAGAAAUUGCCAAAUUAAAAGAAUAAAACAUGGAAACUAUAUAAAAAUAUCAUAAGGCUUUAAAAUAAAUAGGAGAAAUGGAGAAAGUACAAAAAAAAGUAUGA